GUCCAUUCCGAAGGUUAGCCAGGACGAGGGCUUUGGAGGCGUGGAAGGCGGCGGCUUCGGCGAUGGCCACUGCGCCAUCCGGCUGGGCAACGCCGAGGACAAUGAGCUGCUGGCGGGGCCGCACACUGACGUGCUGCUCAGCGGCCCGGGCAGUCGCUUUGAGCCGCUCGUCCACCGGCACGACCUCUGUGAACGCGUCACCAUCAACAUCAGCGGCCUGGUCUUUGAGACGCAGCUGCGGACGUUGCACCAGUUCCCCAACACGCUGCUCGGCGAUCCGGCGAAGAGAAUACGGUACUACGACCCACACACCAACGAGUACUUCUUUGACCGGAACCGGCAGGUCUUUGACGCCAUACUUUAUUAUUACCAAUCCGGCGGCCGAUUGCGACGUCCAGUGAACGUCCCGCUGGACAUCUUCGCCGAGGAGGUAAAAUUUUUCGAGCUCGGCGAGGCCGCUUUCAAUAAGUUCCGCGAGGACGAGGGCUUUGUGAAGGAGAAGGAAAAGCCCCUCCCUCGAAACGAGUUUAAGCGCAAAAUCUGGCUCCUCUUUGAGUACCCGGAGAGCUCUCAGUGGGCCCGCGUCGUCGCCAUCAUCUCCGUGGUGAUCAUCAUCCUGUCGAUACUCAUCUUCUGCCUGGAGACGCUGCCCGAGUUUAAGCACUACAAGAUCUUCAACAUCACCGCAAACCUAAGUCGGGUCGUCGAGGACGAGGUGCCCUCCUUCACCGAGCCGUUCUUCAUCAUCGAGACGAUCUGCAUCAUCUGGUUCAGCAUUGAGAUACUGAUUCGCUUCUUUGCCUGUCCCUCCAAGGUGGCCUUUCUCAAGGACAUCAUGAACGCCAUCGACUUCUUCGCCAUUGUCCCCUACUUUGUGACGCUGGCGACGAUGAUGGCGGAAAAGCCCGAAGACGACCUCAAAUUUCACGCCUUCUCCGUCAGCGGCUCUGAUACGAAGUCGAGCAGCUCGCUGGCGGUUCUCCGAGUCAUCAGGCUGGUUCGAGUGUUUCGAAUCUUCAAGCUGAGCAGACAUUCAAAAGGACUGCAAAUUCUGGGCAUGACCCUUAAAGCUUCGAUGAAAGAGCUCGCCCUGCUCAUUUUCUUUCUCCUCAUCGGCGUGGUCCUUUUUAGCAGCGCCGUUUACUACGCGGAAGCUGAUAGUGAGCGGUCAAAUUUCAAGUCAAUUCCCGACGCCUUCUGGUGGGCCGUGGUGACGAUGACCACCGUAGGCUACGGAGAUAUGAGACCCGUUUGCGUGUGGGGCAAAUUUGUCGGCAGCCUUUGCGCCAUUGCCGGCGUCCUCACCAUCGCACUUCCGGUUCCGGUCAUUGUGAGCAACUUCAACUACUUCUACCACCGCGAGACGGAUCAGGAAGAUUUGCAAUCGACUAACAUUAAUCACGUCAAGAGCUGUCCUUACCUUCCUGGCUACGUGGGCAUGAACAGGCUGAGAAGGAGCUCCUACAGUGAUUCGAAUAUUACCAGGAGUGGAACUGGGGGUGAUGGAGGUGAUGGGGGUGACGGGGGUGACGGGGGUGAUGAAGGAGGAGGUGAUGGAGGAGGAGCUGCUGAUGGAGGAGGUGGUGAAGGCGGCGGAACCGGAAGUGGUGGCAAUCCCGAAGAGGAGGACGGUGAUG